AUGCUCACUGAAAGCCAGAGUCAAUCAUCUAUUCACUGUUUUGUUGAUGGUAAUGUUUUUAAAAUAAAGUAAGGAUUUAAAAGUCAACAGUUAAAUAUCUUAUCAGAUAAUAGCCAAACUUCAGAGCUGUUUCUAAAACAAGGUUUGAAAAUGAUUUAAUAUUAUUAAAGCCAAAAUUUUGCAUUCUCUUGGAAGAAAUGAAGAAGCUUUGUUAAAUUUAAGUAAGGCAAUUGAACUGGAUUAAAAAAUGAUAGAUGCAUAUUAUAUUAGAGGUAAUAAAUACUAAAAUUCUUUAAGGGAAUAUCUAUCGAUUAUUAAAUCAAACAUAAUUAGCUUUAUAAGAUUAUAAGAAGUGUGUAUCAGAAGGAACUAAUAAUCAUUAAGUAUAUUAUAAUUUAGGUAACAACUUAAUUAAACUCAGGUUUGCUUUUAGCUGAAAAUAACCGAAAAGAAGAAGCUCUGUAAUAUUUUGAUUAAUCUCUUAAAUAUUUAACAACUUUGGAAACACUAAUAAAUAAAGGAAUUUUAUGUAUAUAACUCAAUCUUUUUGAGCUAUCCUUAGAAACUUUCGAAAAAGCCUUAGAUCUUAAUCCUAAAUGCCAUAUUGUAUAUUUUAGCAAGGGUAAAUAUAGAAAUUAUACAAAUAGGUUAUGCCUUGUAUAAACUUGAUAGAUUGAAAGAAUCUUUGGAAUGUUAUAAUAAUGCAAUCAAACUUAAUAAUUACUUAAUUAACGGUUAUAAUAACAGAGGUAAAUUUAACCAUCAUUUUUAAAGCCGUUGUUCUUUGUAAAUUAGGCUAAGAGAAAGAAGCUAUUGAGUGUCUAAAAAUAGGUUUAAAAUUAUAAUCUGAUGACCCUAUAUUAAAUUUAAAUUUGUUUAAAUUAUACAGAAUCUAAAAAUAGAUAGAGGAAUCUAAUAUAAUAAAAAAUAAACUUAUAGGAAUUGAACCUGUGUGGUAGGAAAUAGAAAAUUUAGAAUUUAUAGAAUCUGUUCUUGAAAAUACAAAAAAUGAGAUCAAUCUGUUAUCAUCUAAUAAUAUUGAUUAAUCUCUUUAAUAAUUAAGUAAUUAUUAUUAAAGAGUUCAAAAUGCCUAUAAAAAUUUAUGGAAUUAUGAUUUGGAACUAGAAAAAAUUGAUCCUUAAUUUAAUUAAUAAGAUACAUUUUCUAUCUCUUAAAUACUUGAAUAAUCAUUGAAUACAGAUGAAUCAAUUAUAAAGCAUAAACUACUUUAUUUGUAAGAUAGAGUUUAUUUUUAAUCAUUAUAUUGGAGAUUGUUAAAUUACCUUAGAAUUAUUUAAUUAGCUCAAACUGAGGAAAAUAAUGAAAAAUUAAAAACAAUUGUUGAUUAAGUAAAUAAUUCUAAUCAAUUAAUACUCCCCUCAGAAAAUGAUAGAUUAAAUUUCAAUAAUAAAUCUAUGAUUUAAAGUUAUAUUAUAUCAAACUCAUAUAAUUAAGAUAAUAAAAAUAAUUAAAAUUAGACUAAAAAUAUAAAUAAUAAUUCAGCUAAUUACAAAAGAACAAAAAGUGCUUCUAGAAGAACAACUAAAAAACCAACCAUUGAUAAAUCAAAAUCUUAACCUUCUUAAAUUAAAUUAAAAGGAAUCAAAAAUUCUUCAUCUAUAAGUUAGAAUAAUUCAAUUAGAAUAUAUCCUUAAUAAAUAGUUAAAUUUUAAUAAAAGGAUAAGAAUUAUAUUGAAUUUAAACCUAUUUUAAUAUCAUUAGAAAUUGUUAGAUUAAUGAAUGAGUGUUUAGGGGUUAAAUCAUUUUCUGAUCUUUCAAUAAGAAACAUAAUUAAAGUAAUUAAUAACAAAGUAAAAAAUUUGAAGGAACUUGAAGUUGAAAUCUAAUAUGCUGCUUAUGAUUUAUCAAAUCGAAAAUUAGAAUAAAAAUAAAUUAACAGUUAAAUAUAAUAGAUAUAAAGAAAAGAAUAUGAAUUAAACAAACUUGAUUAUAUUGAUCUAAGAUAAUGGUAAUAAGGGAUAGAUGAUACUAUUUAGGUUCUAUACUAUUUUAAAGACAAUUAUCGAACUUUAAUAGAACCAUUAUAACAACCACUUAGGUUUUAAAUUUAAGCCAGUUAAACUUAUGUUAGAAGGUCUAAUGUUAAAAAUACAGAAUAAAAAGUAGUUCAAGUAGAAAAUAGUUGUACAUGUUCAAUUUUUUGA